AAACCUGGUAGCACACACCUGAGUCAAGAGGUUCUUCUGAGCAUGCUCAGUUUCAGGAAAUGCAUUUACAUAAAGAAACUCUGUAACCUGUUGUUUUUGCAUCUCUAGAUGACUUUUUUUGUAUUGAAGCUUCAGUUAGCGUUAUAUUUUCACCAAAUAACCAAUGAGAGGUGCACAAACAAACAUGUUUUGAUUUUAAACAGUCAAUUCAUUUGCUGCCUGGAGGCAGAUUGGGACCGUCUCCACCCAGGUUUUUUUUUUUUUUCAAGCUCUCUCCUGCGCCGCUGUAGCAUUUCCCACAGUGAAAUGCAAACAGUGUAGACCAAGAUGAGGAUUGUUUUCCUGUUUCUCUUGGUUGGAUUUUCAGCCUUGGCUUCCUGCGAUGGUUGCGAGGAAUCUCGGAGCAAACGGGAUCUCUUGAUUCGAACCAAGAGAAGAUGGGUCUUAUCGACUAUUGAAAUUGAUGAGGAAAUGAAAGGGGACUACCCGCAAUUUGUUUCAAAGAUGUAUAAUGACAAGACACAAGGGAAAGAAUUUAGGUUUGAAAUCAGUGGAUUGGCUGUGAAUCUAAAUUAUUUAACCAUUGAUGAAAAAACUGGAGAGGUCUUCGUGCACAAACCUAUUGACAGAGAGGAAUACCCCUGCUUCCAUGUCAUUUUUGAUGUGUAUGACACAGAGACCAAUCAAAAAAUAGACAAGGAGCUGGCAUUUGACGUGGAUGUAAAAGACAUCAACGACAAUCCACCAACAUUUAUGAAAAUCCCCAAAGAUUUUUUAGUGAAUGAAAGCCAACCGGAAGGCUUGCUGGGUGUGGAAGUGAUUGGUCAAGAUCUGGAUGAGAAGAACUCAGUAAACUCUACGUUCAACAUCACUGUGAUUAAGCAGGAUCCACUAGAGCCCAAGAUUCAGGCAAAAUGGAUUGAUGAAAGAAUCGUCCAUCUUAACUUCACUGGAUGCUUUGAUUAUGACAAAGCAAAGCAGUAUCAAAUUACUCUUGAAGCAAAGGAUCACGGAACGCCUCCAUUGUCGUCCACUGCGGUUAUAACGCUGAAUGUUGGAGACACAAACACAAAUAUGCCGGUAUUCAAGAAAAGAGAGUUCCAAGCUGAAGUACAUGAAAUGGAUCUCAUACCAGAACUCUUUAGAUUUAAAGUAGAUGACAAGGACACUCCCAACACCGAUGGCUGGCGUGCCAAGUUCUUCUUCAUCAGCGGAAAUCAGAAAGGAAAUUUCAAAGUGGAAACGGACCCAAAAACAAAUGAAGGUGUUCUUAGUAUUGUCAAGAAAACGAACUAUGAUAACACCACAUUGGUUGAGUUGGUGAUUGGCGUAGAAAACAUUGAACCAUUUACUAAGUGUCAAAAUGGGAAAUUGAUUAAGAAUGAUAGCAAAUUGUAUGCAGACAGAAUUGUCGUCAAAGUUACUAUGCUUGAUGACAAUGAUCCACCAGAGUUUCAUCCACCAAAAGCUAAAGUGUAUGAGAAUGAAGAAUCUGAGCCAGGAAGGGUGAUCUUCACCCCAAAGGUUGUUGAUCCAGACUCUACUUCGUUCAGGUUUCAACUAGUAGAAGAUCCAGCUGACUGGGUCUCUGUUGAUGAAAAAACUGGAGAAAUCAAAACAACUAAGAAGAUGGACAGAGAAUCACCCUUUGUAGAUGAAAAUGAUAUUUACAAAAUCGUCAUCGCUGCUAUAGAUGAUGGUAAACCUCCAGCCACAAGUUAUUGUACCAUCGACGUUCAGCUGAGGGACAUCAAUGACAAUAAACCACAGCUGGCCAACAGCAGCCUUAUUAUGUGUGGAAACAAGAACAAAGUGAUAAUAUCUGUGCAGGACUUGGAUGGAGAACCGUACUGUGGACCAUUCACUUUCGCGUUUGAUAAUGAGGAAGAUGAGAAGCAAUGGAAACUAGAUCCUACUCAUGGUCAGCAAGGUGGCCUUGUCAGCCUGAAACCACUUCCCUUUGGAAACUAUUCUGUGUCUCUGUUGAUUGGAGACCAACAGAACAAUGUUGGACAUCAGACUCUGGCAGUGGUGGUGUGUGACUGUGGAGAUACGGAUAAAUGUCGUGCAAAACAGCCCCUUUCAAUUGACUUUGGAGGACCUGGUGUUGCUCUUAUUAUAGCUGGAUUCCUUUUAUUUUUAAUCUUACUUCUCAUUUUCUUCUGCGAUUCUGGAGAAAAGCAACUUAAAGACAUGACAGAUGAAGGAACCCAGACUCUUAUCAAGUACAACCAAGAAGGAGGGGGCUCUGCGUGCAAUGCUGAACCAGUUUAUCCGACAUCAACAACUGCACAUGAUGGCAUUAUGCAGUCAAAUGUCAUGCUGAAGUCUAAUAUUCCUUCUGAAUAUCAUUUCAAUGAGGAAAUGUACAAGUCAAAAAACAACAUGACGAUUAGCAUGAACUCCCAUCAUCAAAGAGACUCCUACAGAAGCCAAGAGGGCCGUUCUAUGUUCUCAUCGAUGGCUAGCAACAGGAUGACCUCCUACAGGAACAAAUCAUUGAGCCAUCGUUAUUCAAGUGUGCGGUCAGAUUAUAAUCUUACAAGUCGAAUUGAAAGGAAACUCUCUAUGAUUAGUAAAUCUGACACAGAUAAUGCAGGUGAUAAAACCUUCGGCUAUUCCUAUGAAGGGACAGGCAGUAAGUGUGAGUCACUGGACAAGCUUUCACUCAGCAACUUGGGGGAUGAUUUCCAAUUUCUGGAUGAUCUUGGACCAAAGUUCAAGACCCUGGCAGACAUUUGUCAAUGAAAUUCAACUAAAAAAACGUCGACUUUUCAAGUGCACUGCUGGAAUGUGACUUUCAUACCAAAUUAGUCACUCCUUCUGAAUGUAUUGAUGGACAUCUUAGCUGGAUGUUUAUUUGAUUUUGUGCAAAAAUAAUGACCUACAUUUCUUGUGUAUUUGAAAUAACUUUAUGUUUGCAGGUAUCUAUGAGGUAUGAGUUCUUCAACAUCACGAUACAGUUUUUUCUUACGUUCUUGAAUGGGAAUUUCUUAGAUGUUAUUCUGGCUUUGCAACAAUAGGGGAUAUUGGUGACACUUAACAAAUAAGACAUUUUAUGGUUAUUUUUUUAAUGUCAGUCAUGAAUAAUUUGUGGUAUUUCAAAUGAAAUAUCAUUUAUAAAGUUAGCACUAGUUCAACUUGUUAAAGAAUCUUGCUUGAUUGUUUUGCUUUUAUAUUGUGAAGCAUUUUGUGAUGUCAUCUGUAAAAGGUGUGGAAAUAAAGCUUUCUUCUUUUUUAAA